AUGAACUCGCUCAACAUCCUCUCGGCGAUCGGCUCAACACCUCCACCAAGCCCCCCACGCUCUCGCGCCGGCUCCGAGAGCGACAUCACCAAGCCCGGCCGACCCUCGCACACUCGUGGGAGGAGCUACACCGAGGAUGUCCAGCGCGGAGUCGGCGCUGCCUUCGCGGAGAAGGGCCUCGGCUUGAGUCUUGACGACAGCCAAGCCAACGAGGAAGAUGCGCCGCCAGACGAGAAGACCCCGCUCAUCGCCCAGGACGAGCCCGAGUCCAUAAGUACAUCCAAGUCGUGGAGCGUGUGGAUGAUUCCGAAGCGCAUUGCGACCGCUGCUGUCGGUGGUGUCAGGGCGGUUUUCGCUGCCGUUAUUGCUCCCGUGCACUACCUUGCCACUUGUUUUUACGAUGAUGACGGCAAUUUCUCUGCUCUGCUUCCACUAUAUCGCCUCGCCCGCAUGAUUCCACGCAAGAAACGAAGCCGGUCGGUUCACGGCAUGGACUAUGAUGACACGAACAAACGGAACGAUGACCGGUUCGACAGAAGAACCGGGAAGCUGCUGAGGAAGUCUUCACGACGAUCGCCCUCGGUAUCAUCAACAACAAGCUCGGUUGCCAUGACCUCGGAUUCGGAAAGUGAAAGACCUUCGACACGCGAUGAAGACUCUCCCGCCAGACACACGAGAUCCAAGUCUUCAGUAGACGAGAUUGCUCCUGCAAGACGCUCAAUACGAAUCAAGCUGCAUAACGAGGACACUUUGAGGAAGCGCAAGCAACGGACGGGCAGCACAUCAUCCAAGGCCUCUGGGGGAUUGACUCCUCACGAGGCGGCGGCCGCUGCUGUCAAGUCUCCGGGUAGCCCGGGUUCUGCUUCGAAGCUCAAGUUUCCACGCGCGCCUGUCCCGCCACGGCCUCUCGUCCCGCGCCGCCAGCCGUCAUACUCGGGCAGACAUGCGCCUCCCAACUUCGGUCCGCACGAGAAGACUUUGAUCCUAGAUCUCGACGAGACAUUGAUCCACAGUAUGGCAAAGGGUGGCCGUUACACCACUGGUCACAUGGUUGAGGUGAAACUUAACCAAACGGUGGGCUCCGGUAACCAGGUGUACGGCCCCCAGGUCCCUAUCCUCUACUAUGUGCACAAGCGGCCACACUGUGACGAUUUCCUGCGCAAGGUUUCCAAGUGGUACAACCUGAUCAUUUUCACGGCAUCGGUGCAAGAAUAUGCGGAUCCUGUGAUUGAUUGGCUGGAGCUGGAGCGGAAGUACUUUGCAGGCCGCUACUACCGUCAACAUUGCACGUUCCGCAACGGCGCGUACAUCAAAGACCUCAGUCAAGUCGAGCCCGACCUCAGCAAAGUCAUGAUUGUAGACAACAGCCCCAUGAGUUACAUCUUUCACGAAGGUAAUGCUCCAACGUAUCAAGCUUUGGACGAGUAUAGCUUUGUUAACUUCACUCCCACAACACAGACAACGCGAUCCCGAUAG